AUGAAGGUGCAAUCACUGGGUCGCUUUGCUGCUGGGGCUCGUCGGCCUCAGCAAGCAUGUCUUCGGAAACAACGAGUCUUCGCUCCUCUGCACGAUGCACGGCCGUUGCAUUUGUGGAACCCUCCUCAUUUCGAGAAUGAACCUGUUAAAACAUAUGCCAAGGGCUCCCCUGAGCGAACUGAGAUUAUCCAAGCAUUGAAGGAUCUCAAGGCGGCUUUGCCGGUCAAGAUUCCAAUAAAAGCUGACGGUGUUACAAUCAACGAAACAUAUUCUACAACCCAGGAAAAUCCAUCAGCGUUCCACGAGAUUGUAGCAGAAUAUGCCUCAGCAUCACCAUCCGACGUCAAUAAAUGCAUCGACGCAGCCUUAAAAGCAAAGCCCAUGUGGGAAGCCAUGCCGUUCGAGGACAGAGCCGCCAUCUUCCUCCGCGCGUGUGAGCUCAUUACGGGCAAAUAUCGGUCGACGAUCAACGCCGCCACCAUGCUCGGACAGGGAAAGAAUAUCUUCCAAGCGGAGAUCGAUGCGGCCUGUGAGACGGUCGAUUUCUUUCGCUACUAUAUCCAACAGGCGUGGAAGUUGUUUGCACAGCAGCCGACCAUCCACACGAGCGGGACCUGGAAUAAGCUCGAGUAUCGGCCGCUUGAGGGCUUCGUGUACGCGAUCGCUCCUUUCAAUUUCACCGCCCUCGCGGCAACACUAGUGGGCCCAGCUGCACUGCUGGGAAAUGUCGUGGUCUGGAAACCAUCACCGUCGGCACUUCACUCAGCCUGGGUGCUACACCAGAUCCUCCUCGAAGCAGGUCUGCCUGAAGACGUCAUACAAUUCGUUCCUGGCGACGCGGCACAGAUCACGGAUACAGUGCUCGCAAGACCGGAAUUCGCUGGCUUGUCGUAUAUAGGUUCGACUGCUGUGAUGAAAGAACUGCUGGGCAAGGUCGGCAAAGCGACUGCGGCAGGGACGUUCAAUUCAUACCCAAGAGUUGUGGGUGAGACUGGAGGGAAGAAUUUCCACCUCGUACAUUCCUCGGCAGACGUCAGGAAUGCUGCUCUGAACACCAUUCGAGGUGCCUUCGAGUAUCAAGGGCAGAAGUGCUCGGCUUGUAGUCGAGUGUACGUCGCUGAAUCGGUGUGGCCGGAGUUUAAGAAGGUCCUGAUUGAAGAAACGAUGAAACUGAAGGUUGGUCAGCCUGAGCAGUUUGACAAUUUCAUUAAUCCGGUCAUUCAUCGACGAGCGUUCGACAGACUCGCAGAUGUGAUUGAGCGGAUGAAGAACGACAAAGAAGUCGAAUUACUCGUAGGCGGCACCGUCGACGACUCGCAAGGCUACUUCGUGCACCCGACCAUCUACCAGACGACAAAUCCCAAGCACGAGCUCAUGACGCGGGAGCUCUUCGGGCCCUUAUUUGCCGUCUACGUGUACCCCGACGACAAGUUCGCAGAGACGCUCAAGCUGGUCGAUUCGACAUCUACGUAUGCGCUGACCGGCUCGAUCUUUGCGCGGGACCAGAUCGUCAGUCGACAGGCGCAAGAUGCGCUGCGCCAUUCGGCUGGGAUGCUUUACUUGAACAGUAAAUGUACGGGGAGUGUUGUCGCGCAACAGCCCUUCGGUGGCAGUAGAGAUAGUGGGACGAAUGAUAAGUCUGGAACGGCCGCUCUGCUUGGUCGGUUUGUUAGUGUCAGAACUAUCAAAGAGGAAUUCGGGACCAUCGACCAAGUUACUUACCCAAGUAACGUGGUUUAG